UAUCCUUAGCCUAAUACAAGAAAUGCAUCGGGUUUCGACCCAUUGCCAUCUUUAGGCGCGACCGCGUCUGCGCCGUCGCCGCUCGCGUCUCCCGUCUCGCCUCGCCUCUUCCCGUCUCGUGAACGCGAACUCCUGCGGCGCAGCUCGUCAGCUCCCGUCGUCCGUCGCAGCCUCGCAGGCGCCCGCCAGCCGGCCCCGGUCGCGCCCCCGCAGCCGCAAUCCGCACGUCCCGGCUGGCGCCUGGCCGGCUCCCGGCGACCCUGCCCCCGCCGUCCUGCCCCCGCCGCCAUCACUCCACCCGGCCAUCCCUCAGCAUCUCGGCUCCAGCCUCCAGGCUCCAGCUGCAGGUCACGAUCCGCCACUGGCAGGACGUGAGGUCCAAGGAUGAUGAGCAGCAACAGCGGCGGCAGCGCAGGAGGCCCUGGUGGGGGCAUGGGUCCGGGAGUGGGUGGAGGUGGGGACGGGCGGCAUGACGACGAGGCCGCACUCACCGAGUUCCUUUCAUCCCUCAUGGACUACACCCCCACGAUUCCCGACGAGCUGGUGGAGCACUACCUCGGCCGCAGCGGGUUCCACUGUCCCGACCUUCGCCUAACGAGACUGGUUGCUGUAGCCACCCAGAAGUUCCUAGCAGACAUUGCUAGUGAUUCUCUUCAGCACUGCAAGGCCAGGGUAGCUGCACCUAUCAAAGACAAUAAGAGCAAGCAGCCUAAGGAUAGACGUCUUGUAUUAACCAUGGAUGAUCUUUCUAAAGCUUUGCGUGAGCAAGGGCGCUAUAGGCCACGCUACAGCACUGCAGGUACUGUUCACACCAACCCAGGCUGGGCGUCCUGGGCCCAACACCCAUAACAAUAUGACCUCUAUCUUUUGCAAGAGUGAGCACGGUGUGAACUUGAAACACCCGGAGUACUUUGCAGACAGCCCUUCAGCAGGAAUGGCUCCUUCGACAAGAGAGGAGUAGAUUGGAUUAGGCCAACUUGUACGAAGUGUCCAAGUGGAACUAGAAAUUAUACAGGAAUCAUGUGGAAUGAAUGAAUGGGGAUGCUGGCAUUCUUGCCCGAUCAGUUCGAUGUAACGGUGGACUUGCCAUAAUCUCCAAAGUGUAUCCCCAUUGCUAUUAGGGAUGUAUUAUUUUUAGAGUACUGCUAAUAUGAUUAGUAUUUUUCAAUUACCAUUGCCACUGAGAUAAUCCGGAGGUUGGAUAGGUCUAGUUUAUCUAAUCCAGUACCGAAACUGCUGGAACACAAGUAGUUUAGCCCAUGCACUUUUUAUACAAACUGUCAAUCAUUUGUAACCCUACGGGGCCCAAAGAUGAUUGGGCAAACACCAUGAAUGUUUCAAACGAAAUCUAUUUUUCUACAUA